AUGGAGGCGGCUAACUGCUCUCUGAGGGUGAACAGGCUGUUGCUGGACCCCAAGUUUGAGAGCUACAAGUUGUCUCUGGACCCCCUGCCUUGUUAUGGGGUGGACUUGGAUGCUGCUGUUGCAGAAGUGAAGCUCCGAGAUGAUCAGUACACACUGGACCACAUGCAGGCCUAUGGCAUGUAUAACUACCUUCACAGUAAUCCAUGGUGUUCUGAUAGUGUGUUUUAUGUGGACCAACUUGGUAGAAUCAUGAACCUGACGGUGACUCUGGAUUCAGCUUUGGGAAAACCUAUAGAAGUUUUCAGAUUCCCAAGUGACCUGAGUGCCUAUGACAGGCGUCUGUGCUCCUCCAUGCACUUCACAUCAACCAAUUGGGUAACCUUAUCUGACGGGACAGGCACCCUCUAUCUAGUUCACAUUGCAAAGGCUGACCAUCCCUCUGGAAAAUGGGAACUCCGGUUUAAUCAAGAACUCGGAGAUCCUUUCAUUGUACUUCACAGCGUUCUCUUUGUCCAGGAAGGAGUGCAGAUAAUUGAUGUUCUUUUGCUGAAUGUUGAAAAAGAUGAUCUAGAUGUUAAAGGAAGUGGAUUCCAUGUUUCUCUAGAAUGGAUAUCAAUAGAACUGCCACGCCAAGAUGAAUGUAAAUGCGAAAUCUUAAAACGCAGAAAGCUUCAUGGCAAAUCUGUCCCGCAUUACGCAGCUAUUGAACCGGACGGGAACGGCUUGAUGAUUAUCUCUUACAAGCCCUUCAGUUUCAUUGCAAAUGAACACAAUCAAGCUGAAGAGGAGAGCAUGGAGCAGGAUGAAAAGAGAGAUCCCUUGUAUGUCUGGCAGCAGACGGCAGAUGAUGUGACCCUUACAUUCGCCCUACCUGAUGGCACAGCCAAAGACGACAUCAAGAUCCACUUUGCUCCCACUCACUUAACUGUCUCAUUAAAGGAGCAGAAGCCGUUUCUGAAAGGACCACUGUACUCCGUCAUUGAUCAUGAAAGCAGCACUUGGGUUCUAAAAGAUGAAAGACGUGUGGAGGUCACGCUGGCAAAGAAAGAUAUUGACCGUAUGUGGACAGAAGUAAUUAUUGGUGAUAAACAAGGAGAGUUCAUCGCAGAUCCGGCACAGUGUGCAGCUAUUGCAGAGCAGCUAAUGCACCUCACCUCGGCUGACUUGAACCCAGAUCCAGAUGGAGACAAGCCCCCCUGUAAUUCUCAGGAGCUGGAAGAGUGUGAUGUCUCACUUGAAGACUGCGCAACACUGUGUAGAUUUGAUGGCGGCAGUUUAAAGGCCACCCAUGUAGUAAGUUGUACUCAGAAUCGAUCAUGUGUUUAACAUUUUGUAUUUUAUUAUUUUUGUCUGUUUUGCAUUUUACAUAAAAAUAAUUAGUAUUGUUCCCUUGGGCUCCUACCUU